GUAAUUGUACAAUGAUGCAGCUCUUCUGGCGAGUAUUAAUUUUCUAUCUCCUAAAAUCAACGUUAGCAGAGGAAUGCAGUUUGUGUGAAAGUGGUGGAUUGAAAAGAAAGUGGAAGAUCAAUGGAACAAUUCUCGAAGGCGAUGAAAAUUUACACGGAAUGCAAAAAAGGUUCAUUGACCCGACAUUUCGUGGCAACCCAAAAUCCAAAGGAGAGAUUUGGAACGAAAAAUUUAAAGGAAAUAACACAAACUUCGCCCAGGCUAAUUCAUUGGUUGCAUUAUUGAAUAAAAUCGCUGUGGAAUAUCUUCAUAAGUGUGCACCCUACGUAUUAUAUGAUUCGUAUGUAGAAAAUUCAGAAUUCGCAAUUGUACAGACACUUUUCCAGACUUUCCCGUUAACAUUUUAUCAUGGCAAAAUUAACGAAAAUUUCAAGUUAUCUAAUUCAAAAUUGAUAACAAAAGGCGAUACAAAUUGCAGAAGUUACAUUCUGUUUUUAUCGGAUCCACAAAAAACAAGGAGCAUAAUUGGCCCGCAAAUGGAUAAUAAAGUAAUAGUGGUAGCACGUUCAUCACAAUGGAAGCUUCAGGCGUUUUUGUCAUCUGAAGAAUCAUCCGAUAUUGUUAAUUUAUUAGUUAUAGGUGAAUCGUUGACAGCAGACCCAAAACGAGAACGUCCAUACGUCCUUUAUACGCAUCAUUUAUAUUCAGAUGGAUUAGGAUCAAACGUUCCGGUUGUAUUGACCAGUUGGAUUAAGGGAUCAUUGUCCAGACCUCAUGUCAAUUUAUUUCCAGCCAAAUAUGCUAAAGGAUUUGCUGGUCAUCGUUUUUUAAUCGCAGCAGCAAAUCAACCACCAUUUAUAUUUCGUCGGAAAUUCGUCGACAAUACUGGAAACUUAAAUGUAUACUGGGAGGGACUUGAGUAUCGAUUGAUAAAGCUUUUAUCACAACGGUUAAAUUUUUCGUUUGAAAUUGUUGAACCACGAAACAUAAACCAAUUGGGAUCCGGCGAAGCUGUACGAGAAGAAGUUGAACUAGGGCGAGCUGAUAUAGGUAUGGCUGGAGCUUAUAUUACACAAGAUCGACUUGAAGAAAUUGACAUGUCAGUUGGUCAUUCAAGGGACUGUGCAGCUUUCAUAACUUUGGCUUCAAAGGCAUUACCAAAAUACCGAGCAAUCAUGGGUCCAUUCCAAUGGCCCGUUUGGGUAGCGUUAACAGCUGUCUACCUAUUGGGAAUAUUCCCUUUAGCUUAUACAGACCGAUUGUCUUUAAGCCAUCUUAUCGGAAACUUUGGAGAGAUCGAAAACAUGUUUUGGUAUGUUUUUGGAACAUUUACUAACAGUCUUACAUUCACUGGUAAAUACUCAUGGAGCGGAUCGAGAAAGUCGUCAACAAGAUUAUUGAUUGGAUUCUACUGGAUCUUUACCAUUAUUGUCACCUCAUGUUACACGGGCUCGAUCAUUGCUUUUGUAACGUUACCUGCAUUUCCCGACACCGUAGAUUCUGUAUACGAUUUAUUGGGGUUGUUCUUCAGGGUUGGAACUCUAGAUCGGGGUGGAUGGGAGAGGUGGUUUGCCAACUCAACACAUGAACCAACUGAACUGUUGUAUCGAAAAAUGGAAUUUGUAAGGACAUUGGAAGAAGGAAUUGGUAAUGUAACCCAAUCCUUCUUUUGGAACUAUGCAUUCUUGGGAUCCAGAUCUCAACUAGAAUAUUUGGUUCAAUCGAAUUUCACGAAUGAUGCAAUGAGUAAACGAUCAGCACUGCAUCUGAGUGAGGAAUGCUUCGCCCCCUUCCAAGUCGCACUAACAUUUCCGAAAAAUUCUGUCUACGCCCGAAAGAUCAAUGAAGGAAUUAUGCGGCUCCAGCAAAGCGGUCUCAUUAACAAGCUACUCAACGAAGUAUCGUGGAAGAUGCAACGAUCUUCUACGGGGAAGCUGCUUCAAGCUACUUCAGGUGCUAACAUCAGAGACCUCAAUCAGGAAGAACGACAACUAACAACUGCUGACACUGAAGGCAUGUUCCUGCUAAUGGCCGCUGGAUAUACUAUAGCGGUCCUUGCUUUAAUAUCAGAAAUAAUUGGCGGUUUCACUAAUAAAUGUAGACAAAUAAUGAAACGGGCAAGGAAAUCGAUAGCGUCAGAAAAAUCCAGUAUUGCGUCUAGUUGUGGAAGUCGAAGUUCACUCAAUAAACCCACUGCAAAUAAAUCACAGAAACAUGAUUCGACAAAGCAGAGAAACAACUUCCCAGGUUUGAGCGAAUUAAACCUAACCAGAGAAACGUUGAAAGAACUGUACGGAGGCUACAAUAAGAAGGAAUCAACGCUUAUAGUGCAAAAUGGUCGCGUAAUUUUUGAAACAGAGGCUAUUUCUGAAAAUUCGUUAUCCUCAGCCAGUUGUAAUCGGAAUGAUCACUGUGAACAAAUAGAAGGUGAUGACAGUAACGUAAGGUUUAGUGAACAAAAUGACAGUGAAUCUGAUUCGGAUUUUGCAGUUGACAAUGAGGAAACCGGAGACCCUUUUGAUAAAUUUGUCAAUUAUGACCAAUGUGCUUUAGAGAGUCAAAGCCAUUUGGAAAGAAUUCCGGAAAAUUCUACUGAAGGAACAAUUUAUGGAGAGCCUGAAACUGAGGAUCCUUUCGGGGAAACUCUCGACCAUGGAAAGGAUCAGCAACCAAGGAGGUUUUACUCUUUUGAAUAAUAAACAAAUUAUUCUAUUCUUAUUUGGGUUUUUGAUGUCACAAUAUUUCAAUUCCCAAUUUCCAAUACUGUUCCUAGAAUAAAAAAAUUUAGUAGUGGUUAAAACUUAGUUUCUAGUAGAAGAGUGCAACUUAGUGUAACGUUUUAAUGCUUUUCAGAAUAAUAUGUAGUUGACAGUCAACAAGUGUUUACUUUGUUUGUCCAGUUCGAAAUUUUAAUUGAAUUGAAUUUGCACUUCUGCAACCAAUUUGUAAUCAACCAAAGAAAAAAAUUAAGCAGGACUAAACGGGGGGCAAUAAAGAAUUUCACUUCAGUUACUAUUAUCCGUUUUCACGCUUUUCAAAAUCAAAUCCCUAAAAACCGACCAUGACAUUCCAAAUAACACAUAUAUACUCGUAUUGAAGUUUUGAUUUCAUCGAAGACAUCUUUAGUACAAGGUAGUAUUUCGGUAAACGGAUAUCGAAAAAUUGUUAUAAGGAACAUUCACACGUUCACCAUCCUUUUUUGUUUUUAAGUUCCCUUCGCGUUAUGCAUACCCAGUUUUUUUUCCAAUUUAUACAGCCUUAUACUUUUAUAAUCUCGUUUUUCAUAUUGUUCAUAGUCUGUCCCUGAAACUCGAAUCAUUUUCCUCUUUCGUACUUGAGUACUCACUUCCUUUCCUUCGUUUCUUUUGUUCUCCUAUUACCAUACUACACAGUAGAGCAAUGACAACAUGAUGUCUUAGAUGCAGAUUAGAUUUUUUAAAGGAAACUAAGAAACCUUUUAGAGCGAUCAUUACAUUAUCUUAAACGCAUACAUUGAACAACUUUUAGUCAUUUUUUUAUUGGAAAAUGUGUUACAAAUGGCGGUAGCAAAUGUAUUUUUAUCUCUAUGGUUUGUGGUAGUCAAA